GGGGUUUGCUAAAUACAGUAUGUAACCAUAGGAAGUGCAGCAGGGAGAAAAAGCUGAGGUUUAAAUCUGAAAUGACAGUGUGUGUGUGUGUGUGUGUGCAAGUGUGUGAAACUGUUUCUGAGUGUGAGAAACUGAGUGUGUUUCACUGUGUGCCAGAUUAACAAGCUUCCUGUUGGUUUCACGCUGCAGAAGGAAGGACAUGGAGACGCAGCCAACAUUAGAAAAGAUGGAGGGAGGAUCUUCAUUUGCCCCACCUCCUUAUCCAACUAACCCAGCCUCUAUGCAGCAGCCUCCUGCCUAUCUGCCCCCUCCCUACCACUAUGGCUCUACGGUUUACCUCCCAGGAGCCCCGAGCACAGACUCUCCCCCUCCUGCACAGGACAUUAACAUUCAGGGCUCAGCAGUAGGGAAUCAAGGAUGUGAGACUGGAACUUCAUUCAUCACAUCUACGUUUGAUGAUAAAACCGUGCGAAGAGCUUUCAUCAGAAAGGUGUUCAGCGUGGUCACUGUGCAGCUGUUGGUCACCUUCUCCAUCGUGUGUGUGUUUACUUUCUCGAAGACAGUAAGGAAGGCUGUGCAGGCCAACAUCUGGAUCUACCUCAGCUCCUACAUCAUCUUCAUGGUGGUGGCGCUGGUAUUGAGCUUCUCCUCAACCCUCUCCCGUAAGCACCCAUGGAACUUCAUCUCCCUAUCAGUGGUGACCCUCAGUUUGUCCUACAUGGUUGGUACUGUAGCAUCGUUCCAUGACACAACAGCUGUGACCAUUGCUAUGGGAUCAACACUCGUGAUCUCCUUUAGCAUCAUCAUUUUCUCUGCUCAGACACGUGUGGAUUUCACAGUGUGUAACGGCAUUCUGAUCGUUCUGGCUGUGGAUCUGCUGAUGUUUGGGGUCUUCAGUACAUUUUAUUACUCCCACGUUCUGCAGAUUGUAUAUGGAACUCUCGGAGCACUGAUCUACUCGCUGUUCCUGGCUAUCGACUGUCAGCUGGUGAUGGGGAGAGAGAAAUACAGCCUGGACCCUGAGGAGUACGUCUUCGCCGCUUUAGUCAUCUAUCUGGACAUCAUAAUGAUCUUCCUCUACAUCCUCAUCAUCCUCGGAGGAAGCUCUAAAAGCUGAACCCUUAUGAACACAUUGAAUCAGCAUCACCAUCAUUGCCUUAGUUAAAUAAAUAACUCACACAAACAUACAGACAGUUUCAGUGUCGUAUCCAUGGAGAUCUUUAGCAGCAUCAGGUGCUGCUUCUUCUUCCAAUAAUUUCCCAUUCAUCACUGUAGAGAGAUUGUGUUUAUUUUGUGUAGAUUUUAUUUGUGUCCAUCUCUCUAUUAAUGCUUCCUGAUUACAGGGGUAAGUGUUACAGGGCUUACAUUUACAGCACUUGGCAGACCCCCUUAUCCAGAGUGAUGAACCGAAGUGUUUUUAAGUCUCUAUAAAUAAAGACACUGGUUCCCAUGGUUACAGACUUGAUUCCAUUUGUGCUUUUUAUUUAAUUGUAAUUAGUUAAUAAUAAAGGUUAAUCAUAGGGGUUAAUGAUACUGAUUAAUAUUAGAGGAUAAAGUUAGGGGUUAAUGAUAAGGGUUAUUUUAGAAAUUAUAUUUUGAACACAGUUAAACUUGAUGUUGACGUGUUGCCUUAAUUUUGUGCCCUAAAUAAACAGUUUAUUUCCACA